AUGGACGAGGAAAAACCCAAGGCAUUAGUGUCCAACCAGAGUCACUCACACGGCGAUGCUCACGUGACAUGGGACGAGGAGACCAUCGCUCUCCACGACCUGGAUCGCGGCACACGCAUGAAGAUCGACGAGCCCAAUACGCCGUAUCAUUACUAUGGAGAGAGCGAUGAAAUGGGCAAAAUAUCACCCGCUCAAAGUUUCUCUGGCGAGUCUCCAAUGCAGUGGGAUGAACUGCAGUCCAAACUGCAGGAUGUAAAGGACAAGAAAGACAGUGAACGGGAUGUAAGUCACGACACGAAUUUGAGCUCGGAUUUGGGAGGACUGGACUUUGCUACUCGGGACUCUGAGGGGAAGAAAAUUCACAAGGACCCGAACUUUGCGGACAAGCGCAAGAGUCACUACAAUGAAUUUGAGCGAGUUCGGGCCUGGAAGAUGCAGAAUGCAGCUGAGCAUGACGAAGAUGAAGAUGAGAAGGAAAACGAGAAGAAGCGAACAGCUCAGUAA